CUCCUGACGUCUCUCUCUGUGUGUGUGUGUCCUGACGUCUCUCUGUGUGUGUGUCUCCUGACGUCUCUCUGUGUGUGUCUCCUGACGUCUCUCUCUGUGUGUGUCUCCUGACGUCUCUCUGUGUGUGUGUCCUGACGUCUCUCUGUGUGUGUCUCCUGACGUCUCUCUGUGUGUGUGUCUCCUGCUCAACACUCCCUCUGGCUCAAUCUUUCCCUGUCCAUCAAUCUCUCCCCUGUAAGCUCAGAGGGAACCCUGGUCUUCUCUGGUCUCCUCCCCUUCUCUCAUCCUCCCUCCCUCCCUCUCUCCCUAUCCUUGCCUUACUUACUUCACAGCCUCUGUUCUCCCAGACAAACUUUGGCUGGUGUUCUGUCUUUCUCUCUCUCUCUCUACCUCCUCUGUUUCCCUCGUCCUUCUCUCUGUGAGGAUGACACCCCGGAGACUGCUGUGUCUGGUGGUCCUACUUGUGCUUUGUAAAGGUCAGGAGAGUGGGAGGGGCGAGCCAUGUGACAACUUCACAGACCUGUACUUCCAUGAGUCGUUCAUGGGCACCAUUCUGGACGUGCGCCUGCUCCUGUACACCCGGUCCAACCUCUACUGUGGCCGGGAGCUCAGCCACCACCACCUGUCCUCCCAGCCCUUCCUCAACCUCUCCCUGCCCACCGCCUUCGUCAUCCACGGCUACCGGCCCACCGGAGCCCCCCCUAUCUGGGUGGACCACAUCGUGCGCCUGCUGGCGGAGCAGGAGGAUAUGAACGUGGUGGUGGUGGACUGGAACCGCGGUGCCGCCAACCUCAACUACUUCACCGCCGUGGCGAACACCCGCCAGGCUGCCAACAACCUCACGGGCUUCAUCGUCAACAUGCAGGAGGAGGGGGCGUCGCUGGACUCGGUGCACCUGAUCGGUGUUAGUCUGGGAGCGCACCUGGCGGGGUACGUAGGGUCCAACCUGAAGGGAAAGAUUGGCCGCAUCACAGGUCUGGACCCAGCAGGACCCAUGUUCACUGGAGCGCAGCCCGACGAGAGACUGGACCCCUCCGACGCCAUGUUUGUAGACGUCCUCCACACCGACAUGAACUCGUUUGGACUUAGUGGGGCUCACGGCCACAUCGACUACUACGCCAAUGGAGGUGUAGACCAGCCUGGCUGUCCUAAGACCAUCUUCUCCGGAAAGUCUUAUUUUGUGUGUGACCACCAGCGGUCAAUGUUCCUGUUCCUGUGCGCUCUCAACCGCACCUGCAACCUCACAGGCUACCCCUGCACAUCCUACUCUGACUUCCUGGAUGGGAGGUGCCUGCAGUGUGAAGCGUUUAAACCCCACCCUUGCCCAAAGCUUGGUUAUGAUGUCAGCAGAUGGAGAGAUACCCUGCUACGAUUGGGCCAGACCAAGGCUUACUUCAGCACCACAGCCACAUUACCCUAUAGCAAGGCGAGCUACAGGGUUGACAUGGUGACCUGGAACCAGUACCUUCGCUGGGGGGUCAUCAUCCUCAGAAUCCACAGUGGGAGAAACUUCACAGAGGCCCGCAUCGAACAUAAGCUGUUCAGGCUGGAGCAGUACACAUCCACCCGUUUGCUGGCCCAGUUCGAUGAGGACCUGCAGCCCGUUCAGAAGAUCUCCCUGCGCAUCGCUACCGGCAACGUGAUCGGCCCUCGCUACAAACUCCGCCUCCUGCGCAUCCGUCUCUCACCCCUGGAUCGCCCUGACAGGCCAUCGAUGUGCCGCUAUGACGUCAUCUUGGAAGAGAACAUGGAGGUGUCGUUCCGUCCACUGCCCUGCGACCCUCGGCUCUGACAUCUGAGUUCUGUCUCUCUCACACACACACACUCACCCACAGCCUGUAGAGAUGUACCGUCACAAGGCCCAAAACAAAUUCCUACGGGGUCUCCCAUUCAUACUCAGAGAUCCAGGGGCUACACCGUAAAGACUGCUGAGGACAUUCAAUCUGGAAUCAGUACAUGGCAGGAUGGAACCAGGAAAAACAUAGAAACUUCUGAUAAUGUACAAGUGAACAAAAGUGUUAUUUCUUUAGCAGGAAAAGCCCCAUCAUAGUAAACACUUCCUUCACACGGGCAGUGACAAGAUAACGAUUUAGAUGAUCAACACUGCUGCCCUGCUGGGAUUAUGUCACAUGGGACUUUGACAUAGUGAGAUUCCUCUCUCUCUCUCUCUCUCUGUGCCUUAUGUUGUUUGGUGGAGCUGCUAUUACGUUUGACUAGGUGCAUUCAGAAGCUAUAAGCACUUAUAACUGAAAUAAUAAAGAUUGCGGUUUGUAGUUAAAACUGAUGUUGUAAUCGGGAUCAAAUAGAGCAGUGUAAAAGCUUGAAAGUGGU